AUGGCAGCCAUGGUGGCAGAGGCGCUACCUUUGGAAUCCAGCUGGAAAACUGAUGAAAGUAGUGGCAGUGCACAAAUCGGUGAGCGAAGCAGUCUCUCCAGGCUCUUUGGCGGAUCUCCUAUGAGUCGCCUCAGUGGGCAGUGUAGCUGUGGUGAUGGCAUCCUUUCUCUGGGUGACUGGUUUCGCUCCAUUUGCGAACCUUCAACACCCGCGGAGGAGCCAGGGCACGCUCGCUUACAACGAAUUCACGAGGAAAGAGCACGUGAGCAGGCCGCUGCGAAAGCCAGGGCUGAAGAGCUCAAACUGGAGAAUGAGAGGAAGGCCAAAGAAUGGGAGAAGGAGAUGGCCGAGAUUGAGAAGAGACGGGCGGAGCUCGAGGGAGAAGCACUCGAGAAGGACUGCCUGGCCUAUUUUGCCACGGCUGAUCUCCUGCUAGCACGGCAUGAAGAUGGCAACGAGGAGGAGACCCAAGAUGAAGAGACGCCACAGACCGAAGAGGUAGCAGCGGAAGAACUGCCUCCAGUUGAGAACAAGUCCCCAAUUCCCGAGAUUCUUCUCAGCUGGCUGGAUGAGAGGUGCUUGCCGGAUGAUGUUCAGGCAUCUUUUGGGCAAUUGCCGGACGAGCGAUGCCUGGGGUUGGCGGACUCUCUGCUGGAGUCGCUGAAGGCCAGCGCUCGUUUCUGUGAGGAAACUGCUGACACCUUUGCGCCGCCAAAGGAAGAGGAAGAGGGGGAGAGCCUCAGUGAGCAACUGGAAAGACUGCUGGCGAAAUAUGAGGAUCCAGAUGCACAGGACACCAGCCCAUUGGCAUCCACGGGAAAUGCUGAGAACGUGGAUCUGGGUGAGCUGGUUCACUUGCAAGAGCACAUCGCUGCCUGCAGCGCUGUGUCAGAUAGGCUUUCCCCUUUGAUUCCGGUCCUAGAAGGAGAUCUGGCAACGACUCGUUUGGUGGUGGCCUUGUCAACUGUUGACAUUGGCUGUGACCUGGCACGACAUGUCCCAGAUGGCUCGCUUCCGGCUCCCUUCCAAAGUCUUUCCACGGCAGAUGUCUGUUGGGGCCUGUGUUCCGAGAAACGGCGCCUGGUCUUGGACGCCUGUUGUCUCAAGCUCACGGCAGAGUGGUCCGAGCUGAGAAGAAAUGGCGUCGGCUGGUGGAUCAGUGCGCGAGAUCCGCAAGGCCUCGAGUUGCUGAAUCUUCUGGUCACGAAACUGGCGCAAUCUUCCUUGGCAAAGCUUCGGAGCCAGACACAACUGGGUGGCGCAUUAGAAAUCAUGGAUGCCAACGAAGCCCGAAGCAAUGUGCGGCGCCAGAACAUUGAUGAGGCCGUCUUCUGGUCGGUUGUCUUGGGCUCUACCAUCCCAAAGCUUCGAGCGUUGCUGAAAACAGGACUUCUACGGGAAUCGCAGCAGGGUGGUCUUGCGGUCCUCCUACAACAUGAGAAAGUGGGAGAACCCGAGUUCCUCCGAAAGAAUGCCUUCCGACUUCUACAGCUUCAUCGCUACCAUCUGGCCGCGGCCUUGUUCCUCUUGAGUGAUGCGGUGGAAGAGGCGGCGCUGGUCCUGGCGAACCAUCUCCAGGAUCUCCAGUUGGUUCUGGUCGUCACCCGGAGGCAUCCAGAUGUUUGCCAUGGCAUCAUGAAGAAGUGCCUAGAAGAUCUUCCAGAUGAUCCCUGGCUGCGUCUUCUGUUGGCAUAUCAUGGAGGAGAUACCGUGCGCCCAAGCUUUUCGGAAAAUGUGACAUCAGCGGAGCAAGAGAUUUUUGACCGCUCCCUGCGUCUGUGCCAAGACGCUAGAGGGUUGGCCAAAGUGGUGGACCAGCUGCUGCCAUGUAUUGAAGAGGAGGAUGACACGGAUAGUGAAGAGGAAGAGGAAGAAAAGGAGUUAGCUGAGCUACGGACAGCGAAUUUCUUACCGGAGAUCUCCAAAGCGUCAUGGGAGGAUGGGAAGUUGCACUUUAUGCCUCACGGCUAUGGACAUCGGAUGGUCACCAUGGUGCAAGUGCGCUUUGCUUUGCAGUCCAGUAUUUUACCCGAGAUGCGCAAGGCUCUUGAGAAGGAUGUUCUGGACAGCGACUGGCACGAGACCAGCUUUGUGGAGAUUCACUCGAAAAACCUCAACCGCAGCAGCAAAUGCAGUUUUGAGUUGCCAACUACCGCGGAGCUCUUGGACAGCGGUGUCUAUGUCUUCCAGGUGCGCGUGGGCAACGGGAAGAAUUGGUCGCAGUGGUCGCAUACCUCCAAGGCCUUCCUCUUUCAGGUGCCGCCACCUGUGGCUCCGACUGCAGCCUCCCUGAAAGUUCAGCGGCCUGUGAACGUGGAGGUGAUCUCAGCGACUGCAGCACGAGUGGUGUGGGGCGAUUUCAAGCCAGCCUUGGGUCUGACUAUGUUGGAAUACGAGGUAAAGGCGACACCAGAGCAGGGAGCCGGAAGUUCCAAGGCAUUUCCACCGCAAACUGUGACCUUUGAACACCGUUUCCGCGGUGGUUUUAUCGAGCAUGAACUGUACAAUUUGCUUCCGUUCACCUACUACAUUUUUUCCGUGCAGGCGCGAUAUCCCAAAGUGGGUUCGCGGAUGUGGGCAGGGCAGCAGCAAUCCGAGCCGAUCAUUGUCGAACCUGCUGUGGCCUACCAGGAUCCACCCACUCCGAUGCCCGUCCUGGAGCAGUCCGAGGCGGUGGCUGAUUCGAUGAGUUGUUACACAGUGAUUGAGUAUCCCUGCGAGGAGGAAGGCAUGCAGUAUGACCUGGAAUAUGCGCAUGUCUUGGGUGACGAGGCAGACACCGCGGAGCUUCGAUCCAUCAACAGCCUCUGGCGUGCUCCCGUGGAGGUGAAGCUCAUUGAUCUGGGCCGCUCCGGAAAUGCGGGUGGAAACCCACAGCCGCGCUGGCGUGUUCAGCUUCCCGAGAUCACCAACCUGCGCAACGAUGUGCUGAAGCUGGCCCUGCUGCAGCGAGUUCGAUUCAGGUUGCGAGCACGGAUCACACCUGAGGGCUCUACCUCGAGAUGGUGGUCGUCGCUUUCUCCACCAAUCUCCACAGGCUUCGCAGGCCCCGAGAGUGUCGGGACGCUGCUGGUGGCUGAAGCCGGUCGCCUCGCCGUCGAGGUUCAUUUCCAGCUGGACCUCCGACUGGGCGAAGCGGCCAGUAGCGCUGGCGCGCAGGAAUUGCAGCUCCAGCGAGAAGUUCUUUUCCAGGUUCUCGAUUCCUCGGAACGGAAACCAAGCAGGCCAAAAGGAUCAGAUGAACCUCCAGCCAACCAGUCAACGGUGCAUCACUGGCCACGUGGAUUUGGUCAUCCCUUUGCAACCAGGUAUCAGCUGUGCACGCGGCAUUUCGUCCCUGCUGACGUGGGUCAAGGGGAGUGGAGUGGUUGGGAGGUCUUUCCUGAUUGCGCACUGCCGGCGGAACAACCUGGAGGCACCGUACAGGGCAAAGAGUACAAAUGCUCAAUGCCUUUGCCCGAGGGCCGCGAUCUUGUGGCCGGCACCAGUCAACAUUGCGAGACGGUGCAGGUCUGCGUUCGCAUUGGCGAUGGACUGAAGUGGUCUCCGUGGCGAAUGACCAAAGAGCUGCCUAUUGUAUUGGAGAAACCAAUGGCAUCAGAGGAUGAGGCCUUCAGUGUGUGGCAGGGCAACGUCUGCAGAGUGGCGUGGCCACUGGCGGUGGUCCACGCCGGCAUUCAAGAGGUCGAGUACCAACUCAUGGUAGUGCCUGACAGCGCCCAUUUGUUGCCCUUCCUAGGUGCUGUGAUCAUUGCCCCUGGUCAACAAGAUGCUCGGCGAAACCGAAGCAGAAAGGGGGCUGCAAAGCACAGCAAGUCUUCCAAGGAGCUCCCAAAGACAUUUCCACUGAAGUCCGUGCCGAAGUUGGUGACUGGGCAGGCCCGUUUGAAAUCUGUCAGUGGUGCCCACUUGGAAGGUUUGGGACGUGAUGACUAUGUGGUGGCAGAGUUCAGUGACUUAUGUCCGGAUCUGCGCUAUGCCUUUCAGGUUUCGGCCAGAUAUCCGACCGUCGGCCCUCGGAGCUUUAACAAGAUCUAUGAGGUGGACAAGAUUUCAAGAUCAUCUGCACCGGAAGCUACCAAGGAUGAAGCGACGGGUGAGGCCAAACAGGUCACUCCAGUACCUGCGAUGGUGCAGGUGCCAUUGCUUGAGGAUCGUCAAGAAAAGAUGCAGCGCUGGCUGCAGGAAGGCGAAGGAUCUUUGGUGGGAGCCCAAGGUGGCCCUGGCGCCAAGGCCGUUUUUGUGGCGGAUUGGAUCAAAACGGAUUCGAUUCAUGGCUGA